UGAUUGAAAAUGAGAAAUUGAGAAUUGUUACAGAAACGAUCGUGUGUUUUUCUCCAUCUUAAACUGACUGAAAUUGAGUUCUCCGGUCGAGCGUUCUUCCACAAACCCUAAUGUCGUUUCUUGAAGAAUUUCAAGCCAAUUUGGAUUCACUGCCAGUUAUUCUUCAGAAGAAGUAUGCGUUGUUGCGUGACCUAGAUAAGAGCUUACAUGAUAUUCAAAGGCAAAAUGAACAGCGUUGUGAACAAGAAAUUGAAGAUAUUAGGCGAGGAGUUAGGUCUGGAAACAUCACGCCUGAUACUUCAGUAAUUAGAUUCUCUGAUGAAGCGCUUGAUGAGCAAAAUCAUAGUAUCAGGGUUGCUGAUGAAAAAGUAGCCUUGGCUGUCCAGGCAUAUGAUUUGGUAGAUACACACAUACAACAUCUUGAUCAGUAUCUGAAAAGGUUUGGUGAGGAGAUUCGGCGUGAAAGAGAAAAUGCUGCAAUAACUGGAGUGCCUGCUUCAGGUUCUGAGGGUAAUACAAAAUCUGGAAGGGGUAAUGAAAGUGGUACUGGUAGAGGAGGGCGAAAAAAAACACGCCAAACGACUGUCACACCCGCAGCAACAGAAGCACAAGCCACUGCAAACCCAACUGGCAUGGAUUUAGAGUUACCAGUUGAUCCAAAUGAACCCACAUACUGCUUUUGUAAUCAAGUUAGCUAUGGAGCGAUGGUUGCAUGUGAUAACCCCAAUUGUAAAAUAGAGUGGUUUCAUUUUGGUUGUGUUGGCCUGAAAGAACAACCAAAAGGAAAAUGGUACUGUUCGAAUUGUGCAGCAACCAAAAAUCGGCGUAGAGGCAAAUGAGGCUGGCAGAAGAAUAAGAAUAAUGUUAAAAAUGAUUGAAUGUGUAUAUAAAUUUUAAUAUCUCUAGAAGGGAGUUAUUUAUAUUGGGCCUAGAAGCUUUGCUUUCGUAGCUGUUAUUAAUCGGGAAAUUAUGAAAGUACAAAUUUCCAAUGACUUAUAGUGGCUGUUUGUACAUUCCGUUGGUUUUGUACACAUUUGAAAGCUAUGGUUCUUUUUUAUUGUAGAUCUGGGUUGAAAAGGCCCGGAAUUAUUGUGUGUAUGUGACUAUGUGUGUACCAUACAAUGAAGUUUCUGCACAAAUUAUAGUUAGCAGUUGAGUUAUGACAUUUGUCGAUGUAACUAAA